AUGGCUACAAAGGAGGCAGAGGUGGCGUCGACCGAGCAUCCGACGUACUCGCACGCCGAUGGCACCAACGGCCAUGACCUCGGUCGACAGAUCUCGGUCACUCUCACCCCCCAGCAAUUCGAAGAAAUGUAUCUUCAGCCGGGCAUCAAGUCCCAAAAGCAGCUUGGGCUCGUCAAGACCCUCGGCAACCCUACUGCCUUGGGUAUCGUUUCGUUCGUGAUCACCUUUGGCCCUACCUCGUGCUGUCUCAUGGGAUGGAGGGGUGCAUCUGCCAACUCGCUGCUGGCCCUGAUUGGGGCCUACUACUUUAUGGGUGGCAUGGCGCUGUACGUCGCGGGGAUCCUCGAGUUCAUCAUCGGAAACACCUUCCCCGCUCUAGUAUUCACCAGCUUCGGCACCUUCUGGCUCACGCUCGGCGGCUUCCUCGACCCCCGGAACGCCGUCCAAACUGCACUCCUGACGGCGGAAGGUGGAAGUCCAGCCACGUACUACGUGCCCUUCGGCUACUACUUGAUCUGGUGGGCGGUGUAUACGUACUUCCUGACCUUCGCCGCGUUCAGGACCAACGUGGUGCUGGUUUGGAUCCUGCUCUUCGUCGCACUGGCGUUUAGCACGCUGGGUGGCGCGUAUCUCAAGUUCGGCGAGGGCGCAGCGAGCGAGGCUGCCAAGUUGGUCACGGCGGCGGGCGCGUGUGGAUUCGUGGCGUGUCUGGGCGGAUUGUAUAUCCUGCUCCACCUGUGUCUGGCCGCCACCGACUUCCCCUUCAACAUCCCGCUCUUCGAUCUGGCUCAUCUGUGGGGCACCAAGCAGUAA